GAAAAAGAAAAAGAGUACCGAUGGAUCUAGUAUGCGUGAUGAGAUAGGCUCCACUGGCUGUGUAUCUGUCUCCGUAUUUUUCUGUAUUCUAAUUUUAGCUCCACUCUUUCUCGAACCUUACAUUUCUUUUCUGCAGCAACCCAAUUUUGAUUUUGUUUUUUUCCCAGUCCCCACCCUUUCCUCCUCAGAAUUUUCCGAUACCAAAAAAUCCAUUCUCUUCUUCCAAUUUUUCUGCUGACUACUCCUAAUAUCCUAAUCUGAGUUAGACAUAAUUGGGACCCUCAACUGCUCCUUUCAAUGGAGGGUGUUGAAGACAAGCUGCCCUCUGACUCCUCUUCAAAAAUUGAUGAAAAGACGCUACCGGUGGAACAUGUCGAAGACAAGCAACCUUCAUACUUGUCUGCGACAACUGCUGAAGAGGUGCCACUGGCAGAGUCCUCUGGACAAGAUACUAAUGAAUCUUCCACUGAGUCUCCAGCCAACCCCAUUAGUAAUGGAAAAAUGGAAUCUGAUGCUCAUUUUCCAGACACUGAGGCCUCUGAAUUAGCAACAAUGCCACAUGCUUCUAAUGCUCAAACUGUAAUACAAGAUGAAGACCAUUCAACUGGUAAUUCAGCUUCAACCCAAAAUAUAGCUGUUGAUUUAUCAGCAAGGAGCAGCCAGGGAAACUUGCUUGAAGAUUCUGAAUCAGGGGCUGUAGAAGAUAGCUCUGGCAACCAUGAAUUGGCAGAAGAUGCAACAGUUGAUUUAACAGAAAGAAGCCGCCAGGGAACCUUGGUUGAAGAUUCUGAACCAAGGGCUGUAGAAGAUACCUCUGGCAACCAUGAAUUGCCAGAAGAUGAAACAGUUGAUGUAACAGAAAGAAGCCAUCCGGGAACCUUGGUUGAAGACACCUCUGGCAAGCAUGAAUUGCGGGUAGAUGUAACUGCUGAUGGUGACCCUGAUAAAGAGAAUAUAGCCUUGGCUUCCUUUUCUGAAAGAAAAGAUUUGCAGAAUGAUCACAGUGAGCUAGAUUCACCUGAAAUCAAUGAUGCCCAUGUUACCAGAGCAUCAAUUGGCUCAACCACUCAUGAUAAGAAUGUUGAUGCAAAAAGAGGUCUUAUUGACACCACAACUCCUUUUGAAUCUGUCAAGGAAGCUGUUUCCAAGUUUGGAGGAAUUGUGGAUUGGAAGGCUCACAGAGAACGGACUGUGGAGCGACGUACUCUAGUAGAACAAGAACUUGAGAAGGCACAAGUGCAGAUUCCAGAGUACAAAAAACAAGCAGAGGCUGCAGAAAAGGCAAAAGUCAAAGUUCUUCAGGAGCUCGACAGUACUAAGAGACUAAUAGAAGAGCUAAAACUUAACCUAGAGCGAGCACAAACAGAAGAGCAUCAAGCAAGACAGGACUCGGAACUUGCAAAGCUCAGAGUGGAAGAGAUGGAGCAGGGUAUCGCAGAUGAAUCAAGUGUUGCAGCCAAGGCACAACUUGAGGUUGCUAAAGCCAGGUUAAAAGCAGCUAUUACAGAUUUAGCAUCUGUAAAAGAGGAGCUCGAAGGUUUGCGUAAGGAAUAUGCUUCUUUAGUGACAGACAAAGAUCAAGCUAUUAAGAAAGCUGAGGAGGCAGUUGCUGCAUCGAAAGAAGUAGAGAAGACAGUGGAAGAUUUAACUAUUGAGUUAAUUUCUCUAAAGGAGUCAUUAGAGAUUGCACAUGCUGCACACUUGGAAGCAGAGGAACAAAGAAUAGGCUCCGUCAUGGUAAGAGACCAGGAUUCUCUCGAUUGGGAGAAGGAACUCGAACAUACGGAAGAAGAGCUUCAGAGACUCAAUGAGCAGAUUUUGUCUGCAAAGGAUCUCAAAUCUAAACUAGAAACAGCCUCUGCUUUAUUACUUGAUUUGAAAGCUGAAUUAACUGCUUAUAUGGAGUCGAAAAUAAAGCAGGAAGGUGAUGAGGGAGCAGAGAAGAAGACACACAUUGAUAUGCAAGCAGCAGCUGAAUUAGCAAGAAAGGAACUUGAUGAAAUAAAGCUUAACACAGAGAAGGCAACUGCUGAGGUUAGUUGCUUGAAGGUAGCUGCUACAUCAUUAAAAUCAGAACUUGAACAAGAGAAAUCUACUCUAGCUUCCAUAAGGCAGAGAGAGGGAAUGGCAUCCAUUGCAGUUGCAUCUCUUGAAGCUGAAUUGGAUAGGACUAGAUCAGAAAUAGCGUUAGUUCAAAUGAGGGAGAAAGAAGCCAAGGAGAUGAUGACUGAAUUACCCAAGAAACUACAACAAACUGCUGAAGAGGCUAAUCAGGCCAACUUGCUUGCUCAAGCAGCUCGUGAUAAACUGCAAAAAGUAAAGGCAGAAGUAGAGCAAGCUAAGGCUGGCGUAAGUACUAUGGAAAGUAGAUUACUUGCAGCUCAAAAAGAGAUCGAGGCAGCUAAGGCUUCUGAAAAGCUGGCAAUAGCAGCAAUUAAAGCAUUGCAAGAGAGUGAAUUAACUAGAAGCAAAAAUGAAGUGGAUCCAUCCACUGGGGUGACACUUUCUUUGGAGGAGUAUUAUGAGCUCAGCAGACGAGCGCAUGAGGCAGAAGAGAGAGCCAAUGCGAGGGUAGCAGCUGCUAAUGCUGAAAUUGAGAAGGCUAAGGAGUCUGAAUUGAAGUCCUUCGAGAUGUUGGAUGAUGUGAAUAGAGAGAUAGCUGCUAGAAGGGAAGCUUUGAAGUUGGCAAUGGAAAGAGCUGAGAAGGCAAGGGAAGCAAAAUUAGGUGUAGAACAGCAAUUACGAAAAUGGAGGGCUGAACAUGUGCAACGAAGAAAGGCCAGUGAAUCUGGUCAAGGAGGUGUAAACCAGACUAAAAGUCCUAGGGGUAGUUUUGAAGGAAGGAAGGAAGCCCACACUGCAGAUAAUUUGUCUAGUCCAAAGUCUUUGGUGCAUGUAGAGCAUGAUGAAGGUGGAACUUCCCCAGAAUCAAAACAUGAUAAAAAGAAGAAGAAGUCAUUGUUUCCCCGGGUUUUGAUGUUCUUUGCUAAGAGGAAAGUGCACAAGUCAGGGAAUUGAAUUGAAUUUCUAGGCUGCAGUUAUCUUACCGCUUAUCCCUUUGGAGAUCUCACUGUGACAUGAAAUGCUGAACUAUUCAACAAUAUACAGAACAUGUACAUGUUUUCUAUUGCUGUAUGUAUGGUUUGAUAGGAUUAUACUGUCUCGCUGAACCCAAGGCGUGUCCUCUCGCCUGCUCAGCGCUGUUUGAGGACAAGAAUUUCUUCCAUGGGAAAUCAGAAAAUAAAAUGGUAUUGUGUUGUGUAUAAGUGUUAUAGGCUUCUGAUAUAUUGAACCAAGGUUUCUGUAAAGAUUUGUUUGAGAUUGAUAAAUGAAAGGAGAUUUUCUCGGUUU